GUUGAUGCAAGCACUGUGAAUCAUUCACGACAUCGUAAUAUUUACAAUGUACUUGAGAGAACAACGAUAUGGUCAAUAUUAAUAGUCCCCAUCUCAAGUGGGUGCCAGAUGAAUAUAACCAUUAUAACACCCAUUAUGUCAUCAUACAAUGGAAUGGACGCCUUUCAUUAUAGGUUUAUAUCCGGAUUGUAACACGAUUCUGUUUGAUUUAAAUAGACGUGGGAUCUGGUGCGAUUCCGAACUUAAUUUGAUUCAUUGCUUCGAUUUCGAACUGAGUGAAAGUCCUGGUGUUUUAGAAUACCAUUGAUGACAUGUUGAAAUUUGAUUUUGUGCGUUGUGAAAUAUGAUUUCUUUAACUUCGGGACUUUGAUUGGACUUUAGCAUUUUACAAACUGCGCAUCAUCACGUCGGGUCAAACGUAAUAAUGUACGUUUGGAUUGAGAAUGUACAUUAACUCGUGGAUAAACCUAACCGACAUUAAUUGCUCGCUUUCUAGUAUCCGUUAUUAAUAUUGGUUUAAUUAAUAGUCUUAUUUACACGGAGACAAUAAUCAUGAGUAAUUAUCCACACUGCAUGGCUCGCUCGCUGUAAUUAUAUCGCGCUACCCUGUCUCAUUAUUAUUUCACACCAUGUUGCACUUCAAAUGCGGCAUCAGUCGAUAUUUCAUUGUAUAAAAAAAAGUGAGAGUGCGGCCCUGUCCUGGGAAAGAGAAACGUGCAUUAAUAUAGACUAGAUGUUUAUAGAAUGGAUGCUAACAAUGGGUGCAGUUUAAUUCUAUUGAAAAGAGAAGCUCCAGUUUUCAUGCACAAAAGAGGAAUUACUCGUGUUUCGGCAUUUCACUCUCACCGAUCGGAGCCUACAUCUUGCAAUGCUUCACUGAGAACUUUAAUGUUUGUUGAUCCUGACUUUGCUCUGGUGGAGAAAUGCCCUUGAACUAUGUCAACAUUCAUUGUUGCUAUUGUAUGUCUUCAUUGCCUUGGAAUCCAAUCCGUAAAAAGUUCGUUUUAUUGGAUUUCGAACUUGAGAAAGUGGACAUACAAGGAAUCCAGAUGGACAGUAAAAUAACAGAAACAAGGAAAUAUCAUGAUAUUUAUAUGCAGUGUUUAGAGUUUGCAUCACGAGUGGUGAUUUCAACCGUGUUUGAGAUUUAGUGUUUCCUAUUUAUGACGUAUCGGCCUACUUCCGAACAACGGACUUUUUAAAACUUGUAAAUUGGUACGAGGAAAGAAUAUUUACCAACGUUUACUUUCUUCGCUUGAAGACAUUUCGAUGUGUUAUUGAUUAGAAUUUAAUAGGGGAUAGGUCAACUAGUCUAUGCAUUCUUGCAGAGAAAUGAAUUUUAGCAGAUGACGGUUUGCAACUCUUCUUUAUUUCUCUGUCCCGAUGGUUGUCCUAUAAACAUUUAAGACUGGCGCCGCAGAAGAGGCGCCACAACUAGGGGGAAACAUAAGCUGCGGCCACAAUGGGAGAUCUGGACAACAGGACACAGUUGCGAAGAAUCUCACGAAAAUCAAAAUUAGGGUUUGAAGUUGGAGAUCUCAAGGAGUUGAUUCGGCUUCGAAAACAAUCCAGGGUGAAGACUUUGGUGAUGGGCAAUAUCAAAGACGAGCCUCUCCUGGUCAAAGGUCGCCGUGAUCUUGCCAUGGGCAUUCACGAACUCGGAAGGCAGCUUGAAUGGUUGAGGAGCAGCAAAAGGGCGCGAAACCAAGCUCGUAAACUCUACCGAUUUCGCUUAUUUUGUUCUAAAAUUGACACUGCGGAAAGCUUCUGCAUCAGAUCAACAGCGCUUCUUGUGCUACUCUUUGCAAUCGUCUAUGUCAUCAGGGCUGUAUCGAUCUUCCUCCUUCCUGAACUGUUUCUCGAAUGUUCUGCCACCCAUCCGAGCGUGUACUCAUCGAAUUUCAGUGCGUGGCCUUCGAACAGUGCCGAUGAGUCGAUAUCUGGGUUUAAUCUUCGAUGGAUGCUCUUUAGGGGUCGACAUCCCUGUGUGCCUAUCUACAUGGAAUGUUUUACAUUACACGAUACUAUAUCAUUACCUUACCAGGGACAGUACUGAUGAUGAUUCUAGAUGUACUUAUGCUGAAACUUUUUUUUAUUUAUAUCGCAGUACUUGUGUUUGCCAACAAUAUUCGAAUAUUUAUUAACGGACACUGAUGCAUACCCCGAAGAACAGCGACACAGAUCUAUAGCAUCUCAAGUCUGAUGGACAUUAACUUAAUUGAUAAUCAUGUGUGCUAUAUAAGUUGUCGAUCAUAAUCAUGCACUGGCGCGCUAUACUGGUGAUGGUCGGGGAGGGGAGGUUGCCCAUAUACUUUUCCUACGAAAGUGGCAUUUGUCAAAUUGUUGAAUCAUAAUUAUUUUAAACCUCAUAAUUUUAAUCGAUAUUUUGUCUUCGAUUUCUGGCCGAUUUGAUUUUUACACGCUAAAUUCAUUACAACCUGCUCAUAGAUAAAGGACAAGUCCACCCCAACAAAAAGUUGAUUUGAAUAAAAAGAGAAAAUACCAACAAGCAUAACACUGAAAAUUUCAUCAAAAUUUGAUA